AUGUCGGCAGCACGCGCAGCCUUGUCGCUGGCACGGCGUGUGCCUUUCAAGCCAGUCCGGAUCGCUCCUCGAACAUUUUCCACGGUCACCGUUCGACGAGAGAAAUACGACCCAAAGCCAGGUGAACCGGAGGGCAAAAUCAUCCCUUUUGAUCAAAUCAAGACCGAACAAGAUCUCCUUCCUCCCGGUGCCGAGCCCGGUACUGUUCCCACGGAUCUUGACCAGUCUACUGGUUUGGAACGUCUCGAAAUUCUUGGAAAGAUGCAAGGCAUUGACAUCUUCGACAUGUCACCACUUCCGUCCGACCGAGUCGGCACUUUUGAGAACCCAAUCGUUGUCAAAUCAGCUGGAGACGAAAUUCAAGCUGGUUGCACCGGCUGCCCUGCGGACUCUCACCUCGUCCGAUGGCUAGUGCUGUCCCGAGCGAGGCCCUUUGAACGAUGCAACGAAUGCGGUAGCGUCUACAGAAUGGACUACGUUGGACCCCCAGAUGACCCGCAUGACCACCACCACCACGGCGGCUUCGAAGAGCCCAAGACGAUGGCUGAUUAUGUCAAGCCUGACUACUGGUACCGAUAA